AAAAGCAGCCGUAUUUGCGAGUGAAUGUCACAGAUAUUUUCUGAUCUUCAAACAGUUUAAUACACUCGCUGAAUUCUCAUCAUGAACUUUAAGGUGUUUAGCAUUUUGGCUAUGGUGGCCCUGGUUUUUGUCUUCACGACGUCAGCCGAUCCAGCACCAGCAGCACCGGAGGAACAUGUUUCCGAAACUUUGGCCCAAAAAUCUGAACCCGCUGCUGCUGGAAAAGCCGCUUCCGCCCACUCUCAUCACGUCAAAAGGGUGAAGGACGGAAAGAAACACGAGCCCAGCAAACAUUCCCGUGAAGCGAAAGCUGUCCCCAAGCAAGACAAGAAAGGAGCCACCGCACCCAUUCAUGUACCAGAGGGUGCCCCAGCUGUGGGCCCAGCAAGUUUGGCCGGCAAGAAGCCGGCAAAGCCGCAGCCUAGGCAGCCCGGUAAACCGGGUAAACCCGUUUUCGGCUAGUCCAGCGCUCAAGUUCUUGACAUGUUGUCAACCGUCGAACCCGGCCAUCCUCCUCUGACGAUAUCCACUUUUAAUUUUUUACUAUUUCUUCUUGUGUUGAUUCGUGUUAAAAACUAACCAGUUUUGCUAAAUACGACAACAAAAUUACUGCAGAUUA